CCUUCGUCUCCUCUCGCUCUCGCCUCUCGCCUUCGCCUUCUCUCAAUCGGGCGCGCACCUUUCUGUGUCUGUGUGUGUGGUCGUCUCUUUCCUCGCGUGCUCUGCCGCUGCGCAAGAAUCAAAAGGCGCCACUAGAGGGUGUGGCUUGAGUUCGAGACCAAUCCGACCAUUCGCUGUGAUCUAAAAAGAGAGGGAGAGGGAGAGAGGCAAAGCGAAGUGGGAGGGCUUGGCGGCAAUCCUUGCGAAUCAUCCCAAGAUUCUGUCUUUUCUUUGCUGCGAUUGUUUCUUUGUAGGGGAGGGAGUGGUUCCCCCGCCGAGAAUUUGUUGACAGGGAGGGGAGAGGGGUUGUUGGGUGGGUGGGCUGGGCAUGGAGGAGGCGGAGGAGAUGCAGGUGGAGAGGAUGCACGAGGAGGCGGAGGGAGGCGGCGCGGAUACGGAUAAGCUCAGCUACGAGAUUUUCUCCAUCCUCGAGAGCAAGUUCCUGUUCGGGUACACGGACCCGCACCAGCUGUGGCUGCCGAAGGCGCCGGCGCAGGCGUCGGCGGCGACGGCCGUGCCGGGGAAGGCGGCGCAGCGGGGGAAGGUUUGCGUGCUGUGUGUCGAUGGCGGCGGCGGCGGGCUACGGGCGCUGCUUGCUGGCCGGGCGCUGGCGCACCUGGAGGCCGCUCUGCGGCGCGCGUCGGGUGACCCGGACGCCCGUGUCGCGGACUACUUCGACCUUGUGGCGGGCACCGGCGCCGGCGGCGUCUUCGCCGCGAUGCUGUUCUCGACGCACUCUCGCGGCGCGCCUCUGUUCCACGCCGAUGACACCUGGCGCCUGGUGGCUGACCACGCUCCCCAGCUCUUCCGUAGGACCGUGGGCUCGACGUCGCUGUUCUGCCGCCCCAAGAAGCGGCCCCUUGCGGCGCCGACGGCGGCGCUCGACGCGGCCAUGAGGACGGCGUUCGGCGAGGAGCUCACCCUUCGGGACACCAUCAAGCCCGUGCUCAUCUCCUGUUACGACCUCAAGUCGUCCGCCCCGCUGGUGUUCUCGCGCGCAGACGCCCUGGAGAGCGAGAGCUACGACUUCCGCCUCUGCGAGGUCGGCCGCGCGGCGUGGUCGGAGGCUGGCCGCUUCGAGCCAGCCGAGGUCGCGUCGGUCGACGGCGCCACGUCCUGCGCUGCCGUCGACGGCGGGCCGAUCAUGGGUAGCCCGGCCGCCGCCGCCAUCACGCACGUGCUGCACAACAAGCAUGAGUUCCCGUUCGUGCGCGGCGUCGAGGACCUUCUCGUGCUCUCCAUUGGAGGCUGCUCCGCCGGUGGAACGGGAGCCGCGGCCGACGCCGACCUCAGACGGUUGCGCCGCUGGGGCCCCAAGGAUUGGGCGCGCCCCAUCGCUCGCAUUGCCGCCGACGGCGCCGCCGACCUCGUCGACCACGCGGUGGCGCGCGCCUUCGGGCAGUGCCGCUCGUCCAACUACCUGCGCAUUCAGGCGAAGCGGGAAAGCAUGCCGCCGUGCGGGCCGGACGGCGAGUACGACCCAACCCCGGCGAACGUGCACGCGCUGCUCGCGGCGGCGGACGAGAUGCUAAAGCACCGGAACGUGGAGUCGGUGCUGUUCGAGGGGAGGCGUGUCGGCGAGCAGACGAACGCGGAGAGGCUGGACGGCUUCGCCGCCGAGCUCGUCGCUGAGCACCGCAGCAGGGGCUCCCGUAUUGGCCCCACCGUGGCGUUCAAGCAGGCGCCGCGGAAGGCGGCGGCGCCGGCGCCGGCGCUGGGUUCCUGAGCCGGUGGCCGCGUGCACUUCGGAGUAAGGACAUGUAGGGCCCUCUCUUUUCUUCUUGCUUUUGCUGGAAUCCUGCUGCAUUUUUUACGUGGCAGAGUGGCAUUGCUCCAGGAAGCAUUUGCCAAUGGGAAAUUCGAGUUGGAAAAAAAAUAGUAUGAAAGAACAUCUGUGAUAUAUAUGUCAGCCUCAUUUCAACU